GGACGACAGCGCGGGCCCGCCGCGGUGAAGCGGUCGCUGAACUGCCUCAGGUUAUGACUCACCGGCUUUACUGUCACAUUUGAGGUCCGCCGGCCGCGUUGCGUGAUCCUGCCGCAGGGCGGGCGUGGGUGUGCGCGGAGCGGAGCGGAGCGGGGCUGCGGCGACUGAUCGCCCUUGGUUCGUUCUGCGGCCCUGAGUUUGCUCAGAGCGUUCUCUUUGUAACGUCUGCGGCCUGUGGCUCGCUGCGAACGCAGGGCUCUCACAUGAAGGUGUCUCUCGGUACCGGCGGCGAGAUGGGCGUCUCUGCCCACCUGCAGCCCUGCAAGGCAGGAACGACGCGGUUUUUUACCAGCAAUACCCACAGCUCGGUGGUGUUGCAAGGCUUUGAUCAGCUCAGACUCGAGGGCCUGCUUUGUGACGUGACUCUGGUACCUGGUGAUGGCGAUGAGAUCUUCCCGGUUCAUAGAGCCAUGAUGGCGUCUGCUAGCGAUUAUUUCAAGGCCAUGUUCACAGGCGGAAUGAAAGAACAAGAUUUAAUGUGCAUUAAACUUCAUGGGGUGAACAAAGUUGGCCUGAAGAAAAUCAUUGAUUUUAUUUAUACCGCAAAAUUGUCCCUUAACAUGGACAAUCUUCAGGACACCCUUGAAGCUGCCAGCUUUCUACAAAUCUUACCAGUUUUGGACUUUUGUAAAGUAUUUCUUAUAUCAGGCGUCUCUUUAGAUAACUGUGUUGAGGUCGGACGGAUUGCUAACACCUACAAUCUUAUAGAAGUGGAUAAAUAUGUAAAUAAUUUCAUCCUGAAGAACUUUCCUGCAUUGCUGAGUACUGGGGAGUUCCUAAAACUCCCCUUUGAACGGCUUGCCUUUGUGCUUUCCAGCAAUAGUCUCAAGCACUGUUCCGAACUUGAACUUUUCAAGGCAGCCUGCCGCUGGUUGAGGCUGGAAGACCCUCGGAUGGACUAUGCUGCAAAAUUAAUGAAGAAUAUUCGAUUUCCACUGAUGACACCACAGGACCUCAUCAACUAUGUGCAGACAGUAGAUUUCAUGAGAACAGACAAUACCUGUGUGAAUUUACUUUUGGAAGCAAGCAAUUACCAAAUGAUGCCAUAUAUGCAGCCAGUGAUGCAGUCAGACAGAACUGCCAUUCGCUCUGAUUCCACUCACCUUGUUACCUUAGGAGGCGUUCUGAGGCAGCAGCUAGUGGUCAGUAAAGAAUUGAGGAUGUACGAUGAAAGGGCACAGGAGUGGAAGUCCUUAGCCCCCAUGGAUGCUCCUCGAUACCAGCAUGGCAUUGCUGUUAUUGGAAAUUUCCUUUAUGUAGUUGGUGGUCAGAGUAAUUAUGAUACAAAAGGAAAAACUGCUGUUGAUACAGUUUUCAGAUUUGACCCUCGGUAUAAUAAAUGGAUGCAGGUGGCAUCAUUAAAUGAAAAGCGCACAUUCUUUCACCUGAGUGCCCUUAAAGGACAUUUGUAUGCAGUUGGUGGGCGCAGUGCAGCUGGUGAACUGGCCACAGUAGAAUGUUACAACCCAAGAAUGAACGAAUGGAGCUAUGUUGCGAAAAUGAGUGAACCCCACUAUGGUCAUGCCGGAACAGUGUAUGGGGGUCUAAUGUAUAUUUCAGGAGGAAUUACUCAUGACACUUUCCAAAAUGAGCUCAUGUGUUUUGACCCAGAUACAGACAAAUGGACACAGAAGGCUCCUAUGACUACAGUCCGAGGCCUGCACUGCAUGUGUACAGUUGGAGACAAGCUGUAUGUGAUUGGUGGCAACCACUUCAGAGGAACAAGUGAUUAUGAUGAUGUUCUCAGCUGCGAAUAUUAUUCACCAACUCUUGACCAGUGGACUCCAAUUGCUGCUAUGCUGAGAGGUCAGAGUGAUGUUGGAGUUGCUGUUUUUGAAAACAAAAUCUAUGUUGUUGGUGGAUAUUCUUGGAAUAACCGUUGCAUGGUAGAAAUUGUCCAGAAGUACGACCCGGAAAAAGAUGAGUGGCAUAAAGUUUUUGAUCUUCCAGAGUCACUUGGCGGCAUUCGGGCUUGUACUCUCACAGUUUUUCCGCCUGAAGAAAACCCUGGGUCACCUUCAAGAGAAUCGCCUCUUUCAGCACCUUCAGAUCAUUCUUAGAUACAAGGUGUAAUACCUUUUCAGUGUAUUCAUGGAUGAUCUCCCUUCCCCUUCAAUUGUCUCUUAUUACUCUCUACAGUUAAUAGACAAAAAGGUAACUUAGGGUUUUUUGUUUUGCUUAAUAUGUUAUUAAAUGGCUACCAAGUACAUUCUGAAAAAAAUGUGUUUUAACACAUAUUUAGCUGUUUUAACAAGUGAAAGAUAUAUGAAAAAUUAGAUAUCUUUUGUGGUGUUACAUAUGUCAAAUUGUAGGUGAUCAUAGUGAAUGUGUAAUUGUCUAUUAUGCUACAAAGUUGAAAGUUUUGAUUUGACUAAAACAGUAAAAUGAAGGUCCCCCUGUUAUAAACUAAAAUAAUAAAAGAUUGCCAAGGUACAGCUACCUCCCUCUUGGAUAGUUUUUGACAAUUUGUUAACUAGGCUAUGUGAUUACUCUUAGAAUAUAUGAAGUUUCUUAGGUAGAAGUAGUAGUACAAAUAUUAACUAGAAGUAACAGUAAGUCAAGAUUUGUUAUCUUACUGGAGAAAAGAAAAUUUUGACGUGUAUACAUAAGACAUAAUAUGUGCUCACACAAAAAUUCAUGUGUACAUACAUAUAAGCUUUUAGAACUGAUAGAAACUUCAUCGGUAGUGAAAAUGAGCUAAUGUUUUCUUCCGCAAAGCAGCUCCUUUUAUUUCAAUGAAAAUUCAAUACCAGAGAGUUAGUGUCUAACGUGCUAAGCAAAAUUUAGAUAGUUAAGGGCUACAAUAAGUUAAAUUGACAACUAGAUUUGUCAUAUUUAAUGGGAUUGUUUUCCUUAAAUAAAAUCUAAUUAGUUUUUCUGUGUAACCUGUAGUUACAUGUAUAUAGAUUAUUUAGUAAAAGGCAAGUUUUAGAGAAUUGUUUCUUCUCAUUAACUUCUUUUUCCAGUGAGAAUUGGCAGUCAAGAAAGAUAGGGAAACACUCUGAACAGAGCUAAGGAAACACUCUGAACAGAGCUAUAGGAUUUUAUGUUCAGCCUCCCACCUUUGCUACUCUGACAUGUUUAUUGAGUGGUUUCUGGUGUCACUGUAGCUGAUCACAUCCUGAGCAGUGUGGGCUGCCUUGAUCUAAGCAAGCAGAUAGACCCUGUUCUGCAUUAAAUCAGAAAUAUGCCUUUUUAUCCUUGACCCAAGGACAGGACCAGUGUCAGAUCCCCUAACAAGCCAGCUGGUUUCUUAAGGCAGUGCUAACUAAAGUAGACUUUUAGUCUUAAGUACUGUGGGAAUACUUCCUGCCCGUGAAUUAUAUGGGAAAAUCUUAAAAGUACAAAUGGAAUUAUAUUAGUCCUUGGUAAUGAGUGAUACUGAUUGUGUUUUCCUGGAAAAUUAGUUCGCCUGAAGGAAAUAAACAUAUGUGCAUACAUAUAUGUGUGCAUGUAUGACUGGCCCUGGGAGAGUGGCAGAGUGUAAAUCAGGAGUAAUGCCUUGACAGUCCCUUAAGGUAAUUCAGACCAAGGAAAGGAUUUGGCUUCUGGCAUCUGAACUUUACUUACUGCCCAUACAAGUGUUGGUUUAUUUUAAUGCUCUUUAUGAUUUCUACAUUGACAGAAAUUUUCAUACUUUCUAUGUUUUUUAAUGACUCCAUUUUUUUUUAUUACUUAGACAUAUUUAAAUACUUCUAGAAGUUAAGGUAAACAUUGCUACUAACUUUGUAUAUUGAAUAAGCAAGAAGUGGCAUCCCAAACUCUUUUUUUCUUUUUUUCUUUCUUUUUUUUUUUUUUUUGCAAGAGUGAAUACUUGUGUAUUUUGAAUAGCUUCAUUUUCUCUUUGGUCAAAUGUGCAUGUCCUUUUUCCUUGUGAUACCUAUUAGAAUUGCUUUGUUUUCCAUAUCAAGUUACAGGAUUUCUUUAUAUAAUAAAAUUAUUUAACUGGUA